GGCCAAAACCCGAACAUUUAACCAACCAAAACUCUCAGUCUUGAGAGACUACGAAGAGAGAGAGAGAGCACGAAAAUGGGUCUUCUUCUCUACUCCAAUCCUCUGCCUCUCACCACCGCUUCCUCUCGUUCUUCUUCUCCAUUUCCAACAUCAUCAUCUUCAACAGCUGCAACUGCAAUCUUUUCCAGGUUGCACUUGAAACCCACUGAUGCACAUCCAAAAUCUUUCAGUGGAGUUCACCUUCAUAUGCCCGCUGUCAAAAGGUUUGCAUCAGUAGUUGUUAAGGCUUCCUCUGACAUUGAUGGCACCGGUCCAACAGAAAGUAGUGAGUCAGUUUCAGAUACCAAGAAAGAGGUAGUACCUGUUGACAAGCUUCCCUCGGAGUCAAAGCUGCAAGAGAGGCUAGAGCAGAAGGCAAAGAUGCAACUGGCGAAGAAAAUAAGACUUCGGAGGAAAAGACUUGUUCGUAAGCGGAAGCUGAGGAAGAAAGGCCGAUGGCCUCCUUCAAAGAUGAAGAAGUUAAAGAAUGUCUGACCUUUACCUCAAGCUUUCUUGCAGGUUUAGUUCUGACACUUUUUGCUUCUCAGGUCAUUUCAUUUCGUUAUUGUAAGAUCAAAUGUAUCAUCAUAUGGUGUAUUUUGUUUGUUUGAAUCUUGAUGAUUUCAAUGAGAACACCAUUGUCCAAUUGAUCUGAAUUAGAAUUAUAGAUGGCAAAAGUGCGUACCUUUUUAGAUUCA